CAAAUGUAUAAAAAUGUUAUUUAUACAACAGGUGACAUUAUAUAUGGAAUCUAAAGCUGGGAAAUACAUUUACUUAAUGCAUAGCUUAAUAAGUUAUGAGAAAAGCCCUUACAUGACAUUAAAUAAACUCAAACGUAAAACAAUCAAAAAACUAAAACCGAGACAGCUCAAUUGCGAAGAAGUAGUAGAUUAUGACAAACCUCACAAUUUUAAGACACAUAACUUUAAAGGGCUUAAUUGGUGUGAGUUGUGUGGUAACUUUCUAUGGGGUUUUACACAGCAAGGAGUGAAAUGUGAAGAUUGUGGUUUCAGUGCACAUUUUAAGUGUUCUGAAAAGUUACCACCAGAUUGUUAUCCGGAUUUAAAAUUGUUUCGGGGUGUUUUUGGGAUUGAUUUAACAACUCAUGUUAAGGCCUAUAAAACUAAUCGCCCGUUUGUUGUUGACAAAUGUGUUGAAGAAAUUGAAAGGCGUGGCAUGUCUGUUGAAGGAAUAUACAGAGUAUCAGGUUUUCAGGAAGAAAUGGAUAGUUUGAGAUUGGCCUUAGAUAAAGAUGGUAAAGGAACAAUAAUGGACGAUCAAGCUUAUGAAAAUAUACAUGUAGUAGCUAGUAUUUUAAAAAUGUACCUCAGAUUGCUUCCAAUACCACUAAUAACUUAUGAUGUUCAUCCUCUUGUCAUAAAAGCUUUAGAAACUCAAAUGUCCUGGGAAAGAUUAGCUGAAAUGAGGGCCGCUUUGAAAAAAUUACCACCAGCACAUUAUAACACUUUGAGCUAUUUAAUGGCUCAUUUGUACAGGUAAAUAUUUACUCUCAAAU